UUUCAAAAUAGUCCUUAUAAAAUUGCGUUCAACUUUAUUUUUCAGUUUUAUUCAAUUUUUUUUUUCAAUAAGGAACACCUUUUUUAACAAAUACGAAGUUGAUUUGAAUCAAAAGUUAAGAAAAAAAAAAAGACAUGAUCGAGCGUAAAUAGUUUAACCUGUGGUGUAUUUGUGCAAAAGAGCAAUUUCAAACCAAACCAUUUAAAACUAAAUCUUCAAAAUUUUCCAAAUUCGAAAAAAUUCGAGAUUAGGCCAAGAAGUCUCUUAUAAAAUAGUGUUUAUUUCUGUACAUCUUAGAUGUUAUAAAAUAAAUUAUUGUUAAUUAGAUAAAUAUACUGUAAGUGCUAACUUACGCUUUAGGAAGACGCAAACUUUAGUAUAACGUGAAACGUUUAAGUUUGUACAAAGUGUUCCUUUUUCUCCAUGUAUAACUAUUUAUCUAAAAAUAACUAUGCACAGAACAAAAGAAGAUUGGUCAAUCCUUUUAAAUGAGUAUGCUGUUUGUGAGAAAAAACUGGAAAGCAAAAAAGAGGCUUUAAAAAUAUUAAUUGAAGAAAAUAAACAAAUUCAAGUUGAAAGAGAUGUCUAUAAAAACAAAAGUUCUCUUUUGCAACUUGAAAUUGAUGGUUUGCGCGAAGUGUUGGGAACAUACAAGCAACCUAUUAAUAGCAUUGGUGAAGACGCAAAAAAAAUAAGGACCUUAAGUAACUUACUACAGUUUUCAAGAGAUGAGAAUGAAUUAUUAAAGAAAGAUUUAAUGAAUCUCAAACAUCUUUACAGUGAAUGUCAAAAAGACAAUAUACUACUACAUGCUACAAUAUCUCGACAUAGCAACAACCAGGUUCUUGACAAAAAGGAAGAUAAGGAAAGACUUAUUUUGCAAUUAGAAGAGGUUAAUUCCAAGGUUUUAGAGCUUGAGCAAGAAUUAGAAAUUUGUAGAGAUGAGAAACUGCAAGUGCAAGAGGAGAAAGACAGUUUCAAUGCCAAGAAUAUUCGAUUAAAUGCAGAACUCAAUUAUAUUUUACACAACGAUGAUAAAAGAAUUGUUGAUAUUGAUGCUUUUGUGCUGGAGAACAAGUACUUGAAAGAAGUGCUUAAACAAUACAAAGAGGAAAAAAAGGCAGCCUUAGCAUUAGUUUCACGAUACAAAGAAGCUUUAAACCAAAAAAAAUUGAGUAAUAAAUUAUCGUAUUUACAAAUGUUGGAAAAUCAACAUGAAUCGUAUUUUUCCUCUAAUUCAACAAUGCAGCAACUUCAGCGUGUUAACAAAUCACUUACUGAAAUUAUUGCAGAAAAAGAGCUCGCACUUAAGCAUCAAAGAAAUACUAACAGAGUUCUUGGUGCUCGUGUAUCUGAGUUGGAAAAAAAAUUAAGAACAAUGGAAGUCUCUGGUCUUUGGUCUCACGAUCAGCGUAGACCUCGCUAUACAUCUGAAGAUGAGUACUUAAACUUUAAUAAGUUUGAUUCUGGGUGUAGCAAAUAUGAAAAUUUAGCUUGCGAAGAAAAGAUAAAUGAUGAGAUUACUAACGCUUUAAAUGAUAAAAUUCCAAAUGUUUUAACAAGAGUUGUUUCUGAUGCUAAAGUUAAUUCAGAAAUAAGUCAAAAUAAUAUAUCAUGCGGUACUUGCUUGUGUGAUACUGCAAGUGAGCUGUAUGAAUCAAUAAAUGAAGUGGAAUCCUCCGAAAAAGAUUUUGCUUCUGCUAUUAUCGAAAUACCUUUUACAAGCAAUAGUACUCUUAAUAACAACAUCUUUUCUAUGUAUGAUGAGAAGAAACUGAAUUGUAAUUCUUCUAGUAGAUAAUCAUAUGAAUCAUGUAAAUUCAUAUAUAGAUAUG